AUGAAACUGAACGAGACCAUGCUGAAGGAUGGCCAGACCGCUAUGGCCUACUACAGGAGCAUGUGGACUCCGAAGGACCUUGAGGCGGCAAAGGGCCUUUCCCAGAAGGAUGUGUUCAGCCGCUUUCCCCAAUCUGCUAUGGAGACAUUGUUCGGAAUGAUGGCCAUGCAGAAGCAGGUGGAGAUGGGGAACGCCAGGGCCCGUAAGUUUUCUGACAGCCUGGAGGUGGCUAAUAAAGAAAACGACCUCCUCGCCAUGAAGAAUACCGAGGUACUGGCUCGGCUUGACAAAACCGAGCAAGAGAGAGAUGUCCUGAAGAAGGAGAAUGAUUCCCUUCAGGAUGAGAAGGACGCCCUCCAGCUUGAGAAGAGCGUCUGGCAGACCGAGCGGGAAUCAAUUAGAGAAGAGAAGGCAGAACUCCAGCGCCUUCUAGCUGAUGAACAGUCUGCUCGGAUGGCUUUUGAAAAAAGAGCUCUGGACGAGCGUACCGCUCUGAUCGACGCGAUCAGCAGAGUGGGUGGUGGGAUACUGGCCCUUCACGCUCGCUUCUCAAGGAUUGAGUUUCAAAGACAAAAGAAACGCAAGAAGAGUAAGGAAGAUGCUUAG